ACAGAUGUCUGUGGGAGGAACACUGAUGACGAAUAUUUAAUGGCAAAUGAAAAUCCUUUGGAAAGAGAUGACAGUGAUGACAAUGACGACGAAGGAGGACAUAAUUUCCGUCGGCGAUCUGAUUAUCAGUUAGCUGACGACGCACAAAGUGAUCACAAUCGCAUUUCUACACUUAUGAUCAAACCCGAACCCUACGAUGGAAAAGAAAGUUGGGAGGAAUACUUUUCUCACUUUCAAGACUGCGCUGAACUUAGCCACUGGGAAGACAGGACUAAACUUCUUUUCUUAGCCGCUAGCUUACGUGGACAAGCCAGGACUUUCUACAUGAGCCUAACACUUGAGGAAAGACGCACGUUUAAAAUUCUUGUUCAGCGUAUGGACCAGAGAUUUGGUAGUUCAAAGCACAAAAAUAGGUGGCUUUCAAAACUGGAAAUGCGUAGGCGGAUGCCUGGAGAAAAUAUUGCAGAUGUUGGAGACGAUAUACGGCAAUUAUCACAAAAAGCUUACAGUAACUUGGACAUUGACGCUCAGGAAUCACUGGCCCUGAACCACCUUUACAAAAUUAUUCCCGUUGAAAUGAAAUGCCGUUGUAUUGACAAGGAGUGUAGCACUGUUGCAGAAGCGGUAGACGUCAUUGAGAGAUACGAGUCAAUAAUGGGGGAUGGGGAUAAAAAGAAAAUAAAUGUUAGACAUGUGGAUCAAGAACAAGCAGUCAAACAGCCCACUGGAGAGCAAAAAUCAAAUAACUUAGAGGAUACAAUCAAGUCACUAAUCAAUAGAUUAGAGAAACUGGAAAGUGCACAGAGAAUGGAACCUGGGAAGGGCAAUAACUCUUGGACUUGCUUCAUCUGCAAUUCACCAGAUCAUCUCAUGAAGGACUGCCCAGACCGAUGGACAAGAGGACAACAGAUGACCCCGACCUCUAACCUGAAUAAAAGACAUGGCAGUGGAAACAUGAGAGAUAACAGAUAUCAUUAAGUCAGGAGUCGGCACAAGAGGAAUGUCUUUCUGUUGGAAAUGAACAUACUAGGAAUGGCCACACAGGGGAUAUAACUCUCUUACGGGACAAUGGAUUUUAUACAAAAGGAAACAUAUUUGACAAAAUAAUAUAUUUUCUAGGAUAGUGGAUCGACUGCAUGGAUUAUUUAGUUAAAAAUUUUACUAAACUCUCAAAGGAAACUAGCUCUAACAUACGGCCUGCAACCUCUGACAUUCAGGAUGUAAAUGGGAAUUUAAUAGAGAACAUCAGGACCAUUGUACUGGAUGUAUCUUUUGGGAAAGAAGCAUUGCCACACGAAUUUGUAAUUUGCAAAAUUUCACAAGAUAGGAUCCUUAGAAAGGACUUUCUUCUUAACUACAUCACAAAGAUAAAUUGCCAAAGGAUGGGUUUGCUGUAUUAACUUCAAAAUGAAAAGGACCUUGUAACAGGACAACUAGAUGACUUGACUUAAUUUAUAGGAUAGGUUGAUGAUAUAUCGAGGCAUCAACUUGCAACCCUGGUUCAGGAAGUUCAUACCACAAAACUAAAUGAUGUCGGACAGUAGUUUGAUGAUACCAGAUUUUUUUUGUUUUAUUAUAUUGACACAUGUCUAAGAUGGAUGUUGUCCUAGGUGGUGCACCAAACUAGGUGAAUGUGUAGAUAGUGACUGGCCAUUACUAUUAGUGCACAUUAGGACCUCAGUUGUCUAGGGCUGGGCCGGACUGCAGGUGGACCUCAGUUGUCUAGGGCUGGGCCGGACUGUAGGUGCAUGGACAUCAGUUGUUUAGGAUUAGACGGGACUGAUGGGAAACAGUUGUCUAGGGCUGGGCCGGACUGAUACUUUUGUUGAUUUCAAUCUACUACUGGAAUAAAAUUAUAAAUGGAUAAUUGAUGUCACUUCCUGAUCCUGGGAGGAAUCUACAAAAACAAUGAAGAAUAAGACCCGACUGAUUGACUGACUGAUUCCCAUAGGAACCUACCUUUAUCAACUACAUCCAAUUCUAACAAGAAUUUCCAAUCUUGUACUAGCUUAUGCACAGGGAGCUGUAAACUUUAUACAUGGGAUGGAUGGUGGAUUUUCAUGGUGGAGACGAAGAGAUGGAGAAAGAAGUAACAGAGAGAUGAAGAGAUGGAGACAGAAGUAGCAGAGAGACGAGAUGAAGAGAUGGAGAAAGAAGUAGAUGAAAUGGUAUCAGACGAGCAGGCAGAUGUGUGAGAAUUUCCGAAAGAAGCGGUUGAAUGCAGGAAGAAUAAAGAUUUCAUUGAUGAUGGAAGUAAGAAACUAGCAGAACCAGACGAUUUUGAUUAAGACUGUAAAUUCAGGAGAAUUUGACUUUUUAAG